AUGAGUGAAACGGUCUCAAUCCAAGGGAGGAACAUCAAAUGGACCAAAUUUGGGAACCGGAAGAGGUUAGGAGUCCGAAAUAUACUCUGUCCCCAAAUAGAUGCGAGCAAACAGAAGCAAGAGCUGAUUCAAAGAGCUGUAGAAGACAACAAAGGAGAAGCAUCUAAAAACAUUGACAACAAUAUUGAUGAAGAAGAUCCUGAACUCCCUCCUGGUAGCGACUUUGUGAAUGUGAAUGGGAUCAAAAAUAAAAAGCUGAAAAUGGCAUCAAUUCUGAGGUCAGUGGCAACGACUACAGCCGUCGUAGCCGCCGCGUCUGCGAUUCCCAUCGCAAUCGCCUUCUCCUCCUCUUCUUCUUCUUCUUCGUCCUCUGCCAAUCCUAAAUCUCAGUGUCUCAAUUUCUCCUUUCUCAACCGAUCGUCUCCACGUCCCUUGGGGCUUUCCCGAAGCUUCGCUAGCUCUCCCAUGACGACCGUUCCCGCUUCUGAUCGUAAACCCCUUCAGGAGGAUCGAGUCCUGCCUCAGCUCCUUACUGAGUUUAUGGUGGAUAUGAAAUGUGAGGGUUGCGUUAACGCCGUGAAGAACAAGUUAGAAACCAUUGAAGGAAUUGAGAACGUGGAGGUUGAUUUGCCAAACCAAGUUGUGAGGAUACUUGGAUCUUCCCCUGUAAUGGCUAUGACUCAAGCUUUGGAGCAAACCGGACGAAAAGCUCGCUUAAUUGGACAAGGUGUUCCUCAAGAUUUCUUGAUCUCAGCUGCAGUAGCUGAAUUCAAAGGACCUGAAAUCUUUGGAGUGGUACGAUUUGCUCAGGUGAGUAUGGAACUUGCAAGAAUUGAAGCCAAUUUCAACGGUUUGUCUCCCGGAACACACAGCUGGUGUAUCAACGAGUAUGGAGAUCUCACAAACGGAGCAGCCACCACAGGGAACUUGUACAAUCCAUCUCAAGAUCAUACCACCACAGAGCCAUUGGGUGACCUGGGAACACUAGAGGCAGACAAAAACGGAGAGGCGUUUUACUCUGGAAAGAAAGAGAAGCUCAAGGUUGCUGAUCUUAUCGGGAGAGCCGUCGUGGUUUACAAGACUGAGGAUACGAAAUCAGUCCCCGGUUUGACCGCUGCAGUGAUUGCCAGAAGCGCAGGAGUUGGAGAAAAUUACAAGAAGCUUUGUACUUGUGAUGGUACUGUCAUUUGGGAAGCUACAGACAGUGAUUUCUUGACCAGUAAGGCAUAA